AUGGCGCGAACGUCGGACAUGAGCCCUCAUGAGGGCGUCAAAGACAUGGAGACCUCCUCCCAGGUCGAGCAUCCCGCGCAGGUUCCCGUCGCCGAGAGGGUUCAGAACCGAACAUGGUAUCGAACGACAUUCUUCAACGGCACCGUAGUCGCGCUCUGCGCCUUCAUAGCACCCGGUCUGUGGGCAGCUAUGAACGGCCUCGGCGCCGGCGGUGCUGCGUCGCCUUACUACGUCAACGCGGCGAACAGCGUCAUCUUCGUCCUGCAGUUUGUGGUCUGUAUCUUCGGCAGCGCUAUCAUCUCGCGCAUCGGACUCAAGUGGGCAUUCGUCUCUGGCAUGAUCGGCUUCCCCAUCUACGCGGCGAGCUUGUACACCCACGUCAAGUACAGCAACAACUGGUUCCUGAUGCUGGCGUGCGUCAUCGACGGAAUCUUCUCGGGUAUCUUCUGGCUCACUGAAGGUGCCAUCAUCUUGGCUUACCCCGAGAAACACAACCGCGGGAAAUAUCUUGCAUACUGGCUUGGCCUUCGCAUCGUGGGCCAGAUGAUCGGUGGCUCUGUUUCCCUCGGCGUCAACGCGCGCAGCAACCAGAAGGGAGCCAUCAGCGUCAACACGUACCUGGUCUUCAUUUCCAUUCAGGUUCUUGGUCCGUUCGUUGCUGCGCUGCUGUCGAAUCCGAGCCAGGUUCAGCGCUCCGAUGGGACCAAAGUCGAGGUGAAUCUCCCCAAGAGCCUGAAAACGGAGCUUCAGGCCAUGUGGAGAGUUCUCUGCCGCAAAGAGAUUCUCCUCCUGACGCCCAUGAUGUUCCAAAGCGUCUUCUCGGGGGCCUUCUUCUCGACCUACAAUGCGACGUACUUUACGGUUCGCUCCCGAGCGCUGGCAUCCUUGGUCGCCAGCGGCUGCGUCAUCUUCGCCAACUUCGGUCUCGGCUUCUUCCUGGACUCUCGGAGAAUGACAGUCAACUCCAGAGCACUCUCCGCCUUUGUUUUUAUCUACGCGUUCGAGGCCGGUCUCUACGUCUACGCGAUGAUCGUGUGCAAAGACUUCGAGUCCCGUGCGGAGAGCCCGGUAUUCGACUGGAUUGACGACGGAUUUGGACGGGCCGUCUGCGUGUACAUCCUCAUGUUGGUAGGCUUCAACCUGAUGUAUGACUACUUGUACUGGCUCGUCGGUACCGUCAACAAGGAUGGAGGUGAUAUUGUACGAUUGAGUGCCAUGAUCCGCGGCAUCGAGAGUUGCGGCCAGGCUAUUUCCUACGGCAUCAACUCCAUCGACCAGUCAAAGUUCGCUCUCUCAGGGGCUGUUGCUGUCAACAUGUCUUUUUUUGCUGCCUGCAUUCUUCCGGCGGGCUUCGUCAUCUGGAAAGUAGGAAUCGUCAAUGGAGUGAAGGUUCAUGCUAUCGUACAGGACGAAGAGCCCGAGGGCGUAGUCCCCAGCACGGCUCAAGACUCGAAUGAUAGCUUAGCUGAAUUUCACCUCCCUAGAAGUGGCAUCGAACUUGCUGUAGACCGCAUGCCCUUCCCACGACUCGGCAACCACAGCGACCGCGAUGGUUUCAUGUUUUUAGCACUUUGUUCUAUACGCCGGCUUCUGAACCGCAUACACAACGCCGUCUACGCAUCCACCAACAAAGAGGCUCUGAGCCCGUCAAAUGCCUCGGAUACGCUAGCAUUUGGUUCCACUGGACAGCACGCUGCUCUCUUAGUACUGAUGUCGCUAGAAGGCGUCUGUGGUGAGCUAGAGCGGCAGCUGGACGUAUGGUACGAGUCUCUCCCCGAAGUCAUCAAACCGGACUUGUCCACCACGGUUCCGGAAGACAGUCAGGACGCUUGGCUGCGCCUGAGAUAUUGGUCAGCCAAGCACAUCAUCAGCCGGCCGUCUCUGAUAUACGCGGCCACGUGGGGCGAAGGAACCGUCCUUCCGGCGUCUGCCAUGAGAUACUCGGAAAUGUGCAUUCGCAGCUCCCAGAACUAUCUCGAGACAGUACUGCACACGUUUGACAAGAGAACGCACUAUUCCUGGAUGGCAUUUCAAGCGUAG